UCCCCGCCCCCUCCCCACCCGUCUACGAUUUCCUCCUCCUCGUCCUCCUCGGUUUCUUUGGGCGGUAGAGGCGGCGGCGGAGGAGGCUACGACGGCGAUGGCGGGGACGAGGGAGGAGAACGUGUACUUGGCGAAGCUGGCGGAGCAGGCGGAGCGGUACGAGGAGAUGGUGGAGUACAUGGAGAAGGUGACGGGAGUCGCGGCGGCGGAGGGGGAGGAGCUCACAGUGGAGGAGCGCAACCUCCUCUCGGUUGCAUACAAGAACGUCGUGGGGGCCCGCCGCGCCUCGUGGCGGAUCGUCUCCUCCAUCGAGCAGAAGGAGGAGAGCCGCGGCAACGAGGCCCACGUCGUCGCCAUCCGCGACUACCGAGCCAAAAUCGAGGACGAGCUCAGCUCCAUCUGCGGCGGCAUCCUCCGCCUCCUCGAGGAGCGCCUCGUCCCCUCCGCUUCCGCCACCGACUCCAAGGUCUUCUACCUCAAAAUGAAGGGCGACUACCACCGCUACCUGGCCGAGUUCAAGACCAGCUCCGACCGCAAGGACGCCGCUGAAUCCACCCUCGCUGCCUACAAAUCUGCCCAGGAUCUCGCCAUGGCGGAGCUUCCGCCGACGCAUCCGAUCCGACUGGGGCUGGCCCUCAACUUCUCAGUGUUCUACUACGAGAUCCUCAACUCACCGGACCGUGCCUGCAGCCUCGCGAAGCAGGCAUUUGAUGAAGCAAUCGCCGAACUGGAUUCUCUGGGAGAAGAAUCAUACAAAGACAGCACUCUCAUUAUGCAGCUCCUCCGCGACAAUCUGACAUUGUGGACUUCGGACAUGCAGGAUGAUGGAGUGGAUGAGAUCAAGGAAGCACCCAAACAAGAGGAGGAGCAGUAGGAUAAAUAGAUGAUCUCUCUCCCAUUAAGCACUUCAAUAUCUUCAAAUUCUCUUGCUUAGCGGUGUGAUAGAAAGAAGGUGGAGUUCACCCCUCGUCCCUUCAUCCGUUGCUGUCGUGUUCUCCGAAUUCUUCCGCUUUGUGUUUCUUCUCCUGUGUGGUCGGUCUCGCAACGGUGACUCCACUUACAUUGUGUUUGGAUUUGAGAGAAAUGCUGUAACUGAUUGGUUGACUAGAUACAGCCCCACUGUUUUAUGGAUUUGUGCUGGUGGAAUGCAAUGAUCGCUUAUAAGAAUCAAACCAGUAUAAAUUCUGUGUUA